UUCAAGUGAAAAGCAAGUCUAUUUAGAAAUAUUAUGAAAUAAUAUUUAAUUUAGCAAAAAUGGCAGAAGCGUGUGAAAGCUUUACAAAUUGCCAGUCUAGAGGAAUAGAUGACGACAUCACUAAAAUGGAGCGGAAACUGGCAAAGAUUUCCAGAUUUAUUGGGCACAUGUACCAGAGGGAUAAUAAAAGGAUUGAUCUGGAAGAUGAUGUGGAGGAGGCAGAAUUUGAAAAGCAACUUCUCAAUUACGGUCGCAUUGCGAAAGAGUAUGAAAGCAAGUGGUCUAAACAAGCUUCCUCUAACGAGAGUCUCCAAAAUGAGCUAAUGCGGGCCGUCGAGAAGCACAGCGUUUGGCGAAAAGAACUGACAAAAAUCCUUCACAGAAUUGCACUUUCAGUAGGAAAUCCCAGGAAAAAAAUUCAAUCCGAUUUAACUCAGCAUGGGUCUUCCACUGAGAUUCAUGAUGAGGAAGUGAGCAAAUUAAUUGAACGCCAAGAAUCGAUGGAGAAAAAAAUACUGAAGCUCAGAACUCACGUUCAUAUCAGUAUUAUUGGUCAAAGGGACAAAAUGAUUGCCGAGACUUUGCCAAAGCGGGAGACAAAAAUUCUGCAAAUUCAAAUCAAACAAGACAUCUUACAACAUAAGCUUGCAGUGGCAGGAAACCUACUAUCCAGACAAAUAGAAUUUAAAAAUCACAUUUCAGAGGCAAAGUCACUAUAUUGUUUUUGUAGUUCUUAAUAAUAUCUUAAUAGAGACGGGAAUCUGCGCAAAGGCAUAAAACGAAUUUGGCAAGCAAAAUAAUGACGCUGCAAAGUGACUUUACCAUGUCCAGCCUUGCUUACAGUCAGGCUUGCCAAACUUACAAAAGGCUUCAGAUGCAACACAAAGAUUUAUGGUGCCGCGUAGAGGAUGCAAAAAUUUCUGGCGACUUAGCAGUUUUAGCCAAUAUGAAUGAGCAACACAACUGGAUAAUCAAUGAUCUAGACAAAAUGAUCCGAAGCACUAGGCUGAAGUGUGAGACACUAGAUAAACUCCUCUGUAGCAUGACCUCAAGAAAGAAAAUCGGAUCCACUUUGGAAUGAAUUUUCAAAAUUGUUGAAUAAACCCAUAUUUAUUCGAGGUAAUGUAAAUGUAACAUUUAAUCCUCCUCUUCGUCUCCGCCACCACCACCGCUGGUAGCCUUACGCAUGUUCUUCCUCUUGACACGACCAGGGCGGCCACCACCGAAGGGCGACUUGAGGGAGAAGUCAAUGUGCUUCUGGCUGUCCAGGCGGACUGUGAAACUGGGAAUGUUCACCACCUGUUUGCGGACACUGCAAGAAGAGAACAUGUUUUAAAUGGAAUCAUGUAUGGUUGCAAUUUAAUUAUAAAAUA